GUUAAUAAAGACUCCGUAUCAAGCUUUUGGUAGGGAAUCCGGAGUUACCGACAGAGCCCGGCAACACGAAACCUCGCCGAAAUUCGCGGGAACCGUCGGUUAUUCGAAUCGAUAUUAUUUUCUGCAAGGUUGUGAAUGAAAAGGGGGGAAAUAAAGCUCAGCAGGGGGCUUUCGAUCGAACUCAGUAGAUAACGAUCCACCUCGCUGUCCGGCCGAACAGAUGGCCGACGCGAUACCGAGGAGGUGUACGAUAAAACGGUGCAGACUGAGUGAGGUGCGCGACGUCUGAGAGAGUAGAAAAGCGAUAAAAUGCGCAAGGGAUCGUCGGGAUCUACCGUGGCGGGAAGGAACAAAAGCUCAUUCAAUACGUGGAUAACCGUCUGCGUUUAGUCGGGUGCGAGCAUCGUGAAGUGUUAGAUGAGCGAUAUGGUCAUCCGCCUAACCGCUUCGGGUCGAAAACGAGAAGCCCCUGGAGUGCUGGAUUAGGGAUGUCUUCGGAGUGCCGUUGAGACGCAUCAGAAACGAGUUACAGCAUCAUCGGUAUCACCGGCAGCCUGAGUUGUCCGAGCAUUGAUAAACGAUAUCUUCAGCAGCGUCGUGAAUGAGAUAAAAGAGAAGGAAAGGGAAAAAAACCGUAACCGCAAUUUCGGGCAUCAAGCCGCGCAUUACAGGUGAAAAACUACACGAACGAUAUGCGGAAAGUCGCUGCAAGGAGUUUAGCUACCCUCGUCCUUCUGGUCGCCGGGAUCAUCGACGGUGAUCAGACCCCCCUUUCGAACUCAACGUGUCCGGCAAGUCUGGCCCUUCCGAUACUGAACGUCGACGAAAUCGUGGAUUUCAAAAACGGUUCGAUUUCCUACGAAGGCCGCGUUUACCCGGCGGGUUAUCACCGUUGGGACGAUUCGCGCAAUCUCACCCUGGGCUGCGUCUGCGAAUUGCCGGGGUUCAAGUGCGUGCGGAAAUGUUGUCCCGGUUCUCAGGUGCUGAACUCAUCGACCUCCAACUGCUCCCUUCAGGCCCCUGACCGAGCACCCCAAUUUCCGGUCCCAGCGUUGGAACUCCCCGAGAAAAAUCUCGAUGAGGAAAUCAGGAACUUCACGAGAUUAGACCAGGUCUUCUACCUCGUGGAGUCCGGCUUCCUGUGCCAGGGAUCAAAGUACAUGCUCGAACCCACGAAAUACCCAGAGGAUGACUUCGUCCUUGAUUCCAAGGGCGCUCUUGUCACGCAGGCUGCCGUUCUCGAGCCUGAAAGGUACUGUCUCGACUGGCUCGACGACCUCGAGACCAUCCGCGUGAUCGUUUGCUACGUCGAGGAGGCCCAGGAGGAGCCCGUCAAGAUCGAGAUCAAGUUGUACCCCGUGGGGAUGAUCGUUUCCUUGCCCUUUCUGCUCGCCACCUUCCUCGUCUACGCCAUUAUCCCCGAACUACGGAACGUCUACGGAAUGACCCUGAUGUGCUACGUCGCUAGUCUCCUCGUCGCCUACACGAUGCUGGCCGUUGUUCAGCUCAUCACGUUCGACGACUUGACGUGCAUUGUACUCGCGUUUGUCAUCCACUUCUCGUUCCUCGCAAGUUUCUUCUGGCUGAACGUUAUGUGCGUCGAUAUCUGGUGGACGUUUGCGGGUUACCGGUCAAUUCAGGGCAGCGUAAGACAACGUGAACGCAAAAAGUUCAUAUUGUACUCUAUAUACGCUUGGGGAUGCGCAUGUCUGUUGACGGGAAUUUGCAUAAUUAUGGAAUACGCACCGGGAAUUCCCAGCAAUAUAGUUCGCCCCGAAUUCGGAGUGGACAAGUGUUGGUUCAAGACGGAAAUGGCGAAAGCUUACUAUUUUUACAUACCGAUGGGAUUGACGGUUCUCUGUAACAUAAUUUUGUUCAUCUUAACGGCGGCAAAGAUUAUACAACAUAAAAAGAACACGGCGCAUCAAUUGAAAGGAACAGAAAGCAGGCGUCACGAUGAUAAUAAGCAGUGGUUCAACUUGUACCUGAAAUUGUUCAUCGUUAUGGGCAUCAACUGGUCAAUGGAGAUAAUCUCCUGGGCGUACAAGAGUCCGGAGUACCUUUGGUACAUAACGGAUUUGGCAAACACCCUCCAGGGUGUGAUAAUAUUUAUAAUAUUCGUAUGGAAGGAGAAGAUUAAACGUUUAUUAAUGAAACGCUUCGGAUGUAAAGGGGAAAAUUUUUUAUCACGAGACUCAACGAGGAGCGCUUAUCACAGCUCGACGUCCCGGACUUGCACAACAUCCGUUCCUCUGAAUGAGAAAACAAACUCGUGUCCAGAACCCGCCGCUAAAUACAAAUCGACAAACUUUGACGACAGCGACGGUGCCUAAAAAAGUUCGGAUCAUUAACGACGUUUAUUACCACCGGAAAGAGUUGUGAAUCACAAUUAUUACGCGUAUAAUUCGUAGCAACGAUUGGAAAGAUUUUUUCAUUUUUUUUUUUCAUUCUUAGAGAGCGAUAAGAUCAGAAAAAGUUGAUUACGUGCAUGAAAGAAAUAAAAAUGAUAAACGAGUACGACCAAUUGAAAUAAAGAGAAAGCUCUCUUUUUGUUUUUUAAAUAUUUUUGGUUGAAACAUCGAUAUCGCUGCAAGUUUUCACUAUAUAUCGCAAUUUUAAAUCUACAAAUAGUUUGCUACGAUUAUAUUUUGACUUACAAUUUGAAUCUAUUCGUCUCUUCGUGUAGUUGAGAUCAUAAAAUUAUCUAUAGAAAAUAGUUUUAAUAACAAUAAUAAUCAUUAUUAUUGUAAUUUUAUCCGAAUAUAAUCCCAUCUUACUUUACACUGUGAGUUGAAUCCAGUGAAUGGUUCUUCUUUCUUUGUUUUUUUUUUUUUUUUUAACAUCGAGUGACUGAGAUGUAAUAUUAUUAAUGUCUGAUAGUUAAAAGUUUGAGAUUUGACAAAUUAUAAAUAUAUUAUAAUUGUAAUGUAAUUAUUAUUUUAAACUCUCAUAUUAAACGUGUGUAAUUAGAAUAUACAAAAUUUACGUAACUUGAAAGAUAUUCGAGAGGCUUCGUUGGUUGGGG